AUGACGUCUCUGUGUAUACUGUAUUCCUGGGACCUGGCCCACAAUGACAAGGCACCGGAAAAAAAUUGCCAUCAACCCUCUGCUUCAACAGCAAGAAACAGUUCUUAUGAGUUAAUCGAGAUGGAAUCGCGUCUUAACUAUUCCAUGUUUUUGUUGAGAGACUUGUUUCCUGAUAAGUAUGUCGUAUAUACAUGUACAGGAACGUCACGUGGUCGGCGCUGUGGAGGAUGGAGCGAUAGAAUGAAAACAAUAGUAAUGUCCUACAUACUCUCAUUGCUCACAAAUCGUCAGUUCAGAAUCCUCGAUAACUUUCCAUGUGACUUUAAAAUUUCUUUUGAUGAAAACUUAGUCCAAUGGAAGAUUAACGGGUCGGAAUUAAAAGGUCUCACUCAUCAGAACUUUUACGCAAGUGCAGGGGUAAAAGUUGCAAGGAAUCAUUUUAGAGGCGCGAAUCUGGAAACAAUUCACAAGCCGGAUGUGAUCUAUUUUCGCGGAAACUGGGACUUUUUAAAUGAGUUUGCUGAAAGGCCAAACAUUGGUGAAAGUUUUCCAUGGCUUCUGAAGUUACCGAGGCCUGAUAUAUACAGAGCGAUAUUACGGAUGAUACUUAAACACACAGACACAUUACAAAGACACGUACAGGAAAUCUUCACGGAAAAAGUCAAAAACAGUAGAUUGGUGUGUGCCCACGUGCGUCAAGGGCGGAGCAAAACUUUACCUAAUGACGACUCCACAGACGUCAGGGAGAAAGAUAUUGAAACCAUAUUUAAGUUUUUAUCUCAAUACCAGAUUCCGAACCACAAGAUAUUCAUUGCAACAGAUUCUGUUGACAUAAUAAAUUCAGCACGUGAAAGGUUCCAAGACUUUCUGUUGGAGGUGCCCGGGCCAAUCACUCACAUGGACAUUUCGAAGAGUGGAGAACUUUGUCAUGGUCAACAAAAGUCCUUUACAGAACACGAGAUUCUAACUCGUUGUGAUACUCUCCUGUUGACUAGGAGUGGGUUUGGUAUUAUUGCUGCAUUCCUGCGGAAGAAUUCUGAUGACCUCUAUUGUCUCAGUCACCAUUACAUAUCACCGUGUUCGCGAUACACUCUGUCUAAAAUCUAUCCGUGGACACUGUCACCUUGGGAUGACCUUUAG